AUGAUUGCGAUCAACCACGCCGGGCAUAUCACAUAUCAUACAUCGUCUUCUGUUAGAAAAGGUUGCUACGACAUUUUCAGUGAUGAUGUCGAGGCGCGUUUCCUUCAGUCAGCCGGCAUGGCGCACCUAUGUCAUACCUCUUUGGAAGAGGCCCGCCAGAGCCCGUUCUCCGAAAUUAACAAAGACUCUGAAGUUGGCGAACAUCAUUUUGCUCUCAAAAUUGGUGACAGAGAGAGAGUAGGGGCCUAUUAUCACGCAGCCUUUUGUGGAUUCCUACAGUUCAAUUGCCGAGCCAUCUGUAAACCCUGGAUCGAUGUCAUUGAACCGAAGAAACAGGUCAAGCAUCCUUAUAAUGGAGGAGAGAGCACAAAACCAGAUUGGUGGCCUGCAGGAGUGAUACACAAGGAACCUGAUCAUUUGAAGAAGCCCGAUCGCGUCCAACUCUUGGUCCAUAUUAUCCGUACCGCUAUGGCUGAUAAGCUUCUAGAGGCUGGAAAGGAAGUCCGACGCAAAAUCAAGCCAAAAGAGAGGUGGAAUAUUCUUGAAGAAAUAUGCACGGUUCGGAGGAUGGAGGAACGUUAUGAAAGAGGGGAAAUAGGUGAGCGCCGUACGCCUGCAACCAGUCCAUGGGGAUUCCAGCUGCAGCCGCAACCGCUAGUGACCCCUGGAUCUACACCGGUCACAGAACAAGAGACCUUUCUUUCAUCUCAUGUUUCAGCACCAGCAAUUUCUGAAUCGAAGGUUCCUCUCAACGAGCUCCCUGUCGCAGACAUGAAUGGCACCAGGACACAACUACGGCGUGGAUACCUUACAGAUACUGCCGGUCUGCAGUACCACUUUGCCUUUGCACCUCAAAGUUGGCCACCCAUCGCCACUCGCAGUACAUGGUGA